AUGACCAUUUUCGACCCAUCCUGUCCCGCGGCCGUGAUUCCCGCCCCAGGAUCCCCGCCGUCGAGCUGUUCCCGGUGGAAGUACCUAGUUUUCGGGGACUGCGUGUGCUCCGCGCGCGACGUCGCGUCGCUCUACUUAGGUCUUUUUAGUAUCGCGUGCUGGGCGGUGGCGGAGGUCCCGCAGGUGAUCGCCAACUGUCAGGCGUCGCGCAGCGGCGUGGAGCUUGAGGAGGUGCCUCUUGCGCUGGUGCUGACGUGGAUCGUGGGUGUGCCAGCCCCUCGUUUCCUUCGUAAACUGCCCGUUCGCCCGAUUCCCAUUCAGUUGCUUUGUCGCUUCUCUCGUUACUUCUCCUCCUCAUCCCGUCUUCUCCCCUCCCCCUUGUCUUCUUUCCCUAUGUCACUCCCUCUUUCCUUCCCCUGUGCUCCCUCUUUCCUACCGCUCACCUAUCAUUCCAUCUCCCUGUGCUUCCCUUCCCCCACCUCUCCCCACUCCCUUCUCCCAUUCCCUCUUCUCCUCUGUCUGCCGGCACCAAAUGCAUGCAUCUCAUCCCUGCAGCUUCCGACCCAGCUCUUCACAGCAAUCGUACCGUGCAGCAGAAAGGGAAAACCGUCUUUCCUCCUCUCCUGUCGUGUUUUGAGUCGACUCAAAACACGUGCUCUCUGCAGCGUGCAGCAGAAAGGGAAAACCGUCUUUCCUCCUCUCCUGCCCCUCAUCCCGCGGCUCCUCGUCCUUCCCACUUCUCUCAAUCCCCCCCAUACUGUCACAUCACAGCUCUACACAAGCACCACGUGCGUGCUAGUACUGCAGCACGUGCUCUCAGCGUGCAGCAGGAUGAGGCAGCAGCGGCGGCGGGAGAGGAGAGGCAGGAGACUUGCGACCCCCAGCAGAAACGCUCCCUUGCUAGAAGGUCCCCUCCCUGUCGGAACUACCUCUGCGUCUGCCGCUGCUGCUGCUGGUGGUGCCGCUGUUGGUGCUGAUGAUGGUGGUGAUGAUGAUAGUGACGAUGGUGAUUAUAUUGAGGAUGAUUACGGUGCACCCAACGGGCUGUAUCACGCCAUGAUUGAUGAGAUCUGUGAUUCUAACGAGAUCUGUGAUUCUAACGAGAUCUGUGAUUCUAACGAGAUCUGUGAUUCUAACGAGAUCUGUGAUUCUAACAAGAUCUGUGAUUCUAACGAGAUCUGUGAUUCUAACGAGUGCCCUUCUUUUUCCCAUCUAUGCCCCCCUUCCCCACUUUCCCCCUUCCCCCUUUCCCCCCUUCCCCCUUCCCCCGUUCCCCUGCAGCUGGCGCCCGUCUCACUCUCUCUUUCUCCGCUUCCUGUAUUGGAACAUCCUCCCUCUCUUCUCGACUCCUUAUCCACCUUCCUUCCCCCCAACCCAACCCCCGCAGGUCAUCAGGGUCUUUCUCAGGCAGCUGGCGUCGUCUCACUCUCUCCAGCUCCUUUGGAGCCAGCUUUCCCCGCAACCCCUCUUCCCCCUCCCUCAAUGCGUGUGCUUGCUUGCCCCUCUGCAGUGAGUGAUUGUGCUCGCUAUUUGCUUUCCCCGCAACCCCCCCGGUGCCUCUUCCUUUGUCGCCAUCUCACGUUGUUCCUGUACCCUCUUCUUCUCUCCCCUCUUCUCCUCCUCUGUACCCUCACGUUGUUCCUGUACUCACCACUCACGUUGUUCCUGUACCCUCUUCUUCUCUCCCCUCUUCUCCUCUUCCCCUCGUCCCCUCCUCCCCUUAGCACACCACUCACCAUCUCAGCUAUCACUGUGCUCAGUGUCCCAAGGUCCUAG